AAGGUAUCCGCGCUGCCGUACGACUGGCCUCACGACGGGUCGCUCUCACCAGAGACAACAGCCUUGGUGAUCAUAGACAUGCAGAACGACUUCUGCGCAGAAGAAGGGUACCUCGCCCACCUAGGUUACUCCGUCGCAGGCACCAGGGCGGCGAUCCCGAACAUCGCACGCCUCCUCGAGGCCUUCCGGACGCACGGCUACACCGUGUACCACACGCGCGAGGGGCACCGCCCCGAUCUCUCCACGCUCGCCCCGCGCGAGCUGUUCCGCUCGCGCAACACACCGUCCGGGCUGGGCAUCGGCGACGCGGGCCCCAUGGGCAGGCUCCUCAUACGGGGCGAGCGGGGGCACGAUAUCAUCCCGGAGCUCUGCCCACUGCCGUCGGAACCGAUUGUUGACAAGCCCGGAAGAUCGGCGUUCGCGUAUACGGACUUCGAGCUGCUGUUGAGGGUCAAGGGAAUUAGGAAGUUGGUGGUGUGCGGCGUGACAACGGACGUGUGCGUGCACUCGACCGUGCGAGAGGGGAAUGACCGUGGAGUUGAGUGCUUAUUGGUGGAGGACGCGACCGGGACGGCACUAGAGGAACUGCAUUCGGCUGCAGUGAAGAUGGUGCAACAUUCGGGUGGGAUAUUCGGUGCGACGGCGACUACGAAGGACGUCCUGGAGGGUAUACAG